UGGCUACCAAAAUGUUUCUAUUAAUACUGCAAUCAUAUUCGAUUGGCUAACAAAAUGUUUCUAUUAAGAUAUAAUUUAUUAUCGUAGACUGGUUCCUAUUUAAAAAAGGACUUAAAUGAAAUCUGCAUAAACAACAUUGGCUUUUAUAUAAGACUCUGUUCAGCUAUGGGUGGCCGGCAAAAGAUAAUUUUAUUAUUGAGGCAGCUGGCUCAGACAACUACAUAAAGUCAAGCUGCGAAUCCAAACUAGACAGUAGUAACCAAGAGAACCAGAUUUUUUGCAAGAAAAAUGAAUCCACCAACAGUCCGAUGCAUCUCAGAAUGCUUUGUGAAACCACAUCAUGUUUCUGAAGAAUCAAAACAGCCCUUCUAUCUGACAACAUGGGAUCUAUCUAUGCUUUCCGUACAAUAUAUCCAAAAGGGCCUUCUCUUUGCCAAACCUCCGCCAGAGAAUUGUGAAGAAGACUUGAUCAAGAAUAUGUUGGAUAGGCUCAGGAAAUCUCUGUCCCUCACCCUUGUUCAUUUCUACCCCCUUGCAGGUCGCCUUGCAACGAGAAGAGAAGAAAACCCAACUUCUUAUUUUGUCUUUGUUGAUUGCAACAACAGCCGUGGGGCCAAAUUAAUCCAUGCAGCUGUUGACAUGUCAGUAUCCGAUAUUCUUUCCCCAACUUAUGUGCCGUUGGUUGUUCAAUCAUUCUUCGACCAUGACAGAGCAAUCAACCAUGAUGGUCACACCAGCCCUUUGCUAUCUGUUCAGGUCACAGAGCUGGUAGAUGGGGUAUUCAUAGGGUGUUCUAUGAACCAUGCUCUCGGGGAUGGAAGCUCGUUUUGGCAUUUCUUCAACACAUUGUCCGAAAUAUUUCAAGCACAGGGAGAUAACAUAAAAAUUUCACGCCCCCCUGUGCUCGAGAGGUGGUUUCCAGAGGGCCAUGGCCCAUUACUUAGCCUUCCUUUCAGUCACCAGGAUGAGUUCAUCAGCAGAUUUGAAUCACCCCAACUUUUAGAAAGAAUCUUCCAUUUCUCAGCGGAGUCCAUUGCAAAAAUCAAAGCUAGGGCUAAUUCAGAAUACAACACUCGCAAAAUCUCCUCCUUUCAGUCUUUAUCUGCGUUUGUCUGGAGGUCCUUAACAAAGGCACGCCAUUUUCCAAGUGACCAACUUACUGGUUGCAGGUUGGCUAUAAACAACAGGUCAAGACUGGAACCACCCUUGUCCCCAGAUUACUUUGGAAACUCGAUUCAAACUGUGAGAGCGGUGACCACCGCUGGUGAACUGCUUGAACAGAAUCUCGGAUGGGCCGCUUGGCAAUUGCACCAAGCUGUAGUUAACCACACAGACAAAUCAGUGCGUGGUUUUGUCAAUGAUUGGCUUUGUUCACCUUUCAUUUACCAGAUUGCUCAGCUUUUUGAUCCACAAAGUAUAAUGAUGGGAAGCUCACCAAGGUUCAACAAGUACGGAAAUGAGUUUGGGUUGGGGAAAGCAUUGACACUUCGCAGUGGAUAUGCUCAUAAGUUUGAUGGGAAAGUUUCCUCGUAUCCUGGACGGGAGGGUGGAGGAAGCAUAGACUUGGAGGUUUGCCUUCCAGCUCAUUCUAUGCAUGCUCUUGAAUCGGAUGAGGAGUUCAUGGCUGCUGUUUCUUCCUCAAUUUGAUGCUCAUAUUUUGACUUUAUCCUCUGUAUCUCAUGUCUCCCCAACUAUUAGCAUUAAUUUUAUUGUCUUGUAUUAAUUUGCUUGUAAGCCUGCUCUGCAAGUAGGAAGACAAAAGACUGUGAUGGGAUUGCUUCUGAAAAAUAAAAGAUUGACUUUUCUUCGAUUUGUGCUUAAUUGUUUUCCUAUUAAUUCAUUAUUAGUGUUAAUGGGCACUCCCCAUUGCCAAUCAGUAGAUUCAGCA